AGACGCCAUGACCCCCAGCCUCACGGCCCUGCUCUGCCUCGGGCUGAGUGUGGGCCUGAGGACCCACGUGCAGGCAGGCACCCUCCCCAAACCCACCAUCUGGGCUGAGCCAGGUUCUGUGAUCCCCUGGGGGAGCCCCGUGACCAUCUGGUGUCAGGGGACCCUGGGGGCCCGGGAGUUCCGUUUGGAUAAAGAGGGAAGCUCAGCUCCCUGGGACAGACAGCCCCCACUGGAGCCCAGGGACAAGGGCAAGUUCUCCAUCUCACACAUGACACAGCCCUACGCAGGGAGAUAUCACUGUUACUAUCUCAGCCCCACUGUCUGGUCAGAGCGCAGUGACCCCCUGGAGCUGGUGGUGACAGGGGUCCACAGCAAACCCACCCUCUCAGCCCUGCCGAGCCCUGUGGUGACCUCGGGAGGGACCGUGACCCUCCAGUGUGGCUCAUGGCAGGGAUGGGACGGGUUCAUUCUGACUAAGGAAGGAGAACACAAGUCCUCCUGGACCCUGGAUGCACAGCGACGCCCCUAUGGGCAGACCCAGGCCCUGCUCCCCGUGGGUCCCGUGACCCCCAGUCACAGGUGGAUGUUCAGAUGUCACGGCUUUAACAGGGACACCCCCCAGGUGUGGUCAGCACCCAGUGACCCCCUGGAGCUCCUGGUCCCAGGUGUGUCUGGGAAGCCCUCCCUCCUGACCCCGCAGGGUCCUGUCGUGGCCUCUGGACAGAGCCUGACCCUCCAGUGUCGCUCUGACGUCGGCUAUGACAGAUUCGCUCUGUCCCAGGAGGGGGGACAGGCCCUCCCCCAGCGCCCUGGCCGGCAGCCCCAGGCUGGGCUCUCUCAGGCCGACUUCCCCCUGGGCCCGGUGACCAACACCCACGGGGGCCGGUACAGAUGCUACGGUGGACACAACCUCUCCUCCGAGUGGUCGGCCCCCAGUGACCCCCUGGACGUCCUGGUGGCAGGAUGGUUCCUUGACACGCCCUCCCUCUCGGUGCAGCCGGGCCCCGUGGUGGCCUCAGGAGAGAACGUGACCCUGCUGUGUCAGUCAGGGAGCAGGAGGGACACUUUCGUUCUGUCCAAGGAGGGGGCAGCCCGUCCCCCACUGCGUCUUAGAUCAAAGUACCGAGGUCGGCAUUUCCAGGCUGAAUUCUCCAUGAGUCCUGUGACCUCAGCCCACGAUGGGACCUACAGGUGCUACAGCUCACUCAGCAGUGACCCCUACCUGCUGUCACAGGCCAGUGCCCCCCUGGAGCUCACGGUCUCAGGAGGCUCUGAAGUUGGGCUCCUUCCCCCAACGGAGCCAGGCCCGCAGACGGGUCUGAAAUGGCACCUGAACGUUCUGAUCGGGGUCUCGGUGGCCUUCGUCCUGCUGCUCCUCGUCCUCCUCUUCCUCCUCGUCCGACACCGGGGUCAGAGCAGAUGCAGGAAGUCGGGGGCUGCAGACCCACAGCCCAAGGACAGAGGCCUGCAGAGCAGCUCCCGCCCAGCCGCCGCCGCCCAGGACCAGGCCCUCUGUGCUGCCGUGAAGGACACACGGCCUGAGGAGGGGCUGCAGCUGGGCCAGCCGGCCGCCGCAUCUGAAGCCCCCCAGGAUGUGACCUAUGCCCAGCUGAACCACUCGACCUUCAGACGGGAGACUGCACCCCCUGUCCCCCAGUCAGGGGAGCCCCCAGCAGAGCCCAGCGUGUAUGCUGCUCUCGCCGUCCGCUAGCCCAGGAAGGACCCAGACCCCACGCUCCAGCGAGGAAGACUGCACGGACCCCGGAAGGCACAGGAGCUGCCCACAGUGGACACCACCUAACGACCAUCAGACAGCCUGGACUCCCAACACAGACCACCAGGAGCCCCUGGGACCCUUUGGCAGUCACCUGAUUCUACCCUCAAAGAUAACUAAUAUCCUUACAUUUGGGAAAUAAUGCAACAGACUUCUCAAAAAUCAAUGUGUGAACUGAAAACCAAAAUCAAAACGAAAAA